AUGAGUGCUAACAAGCAGCCAUAUGUCCUGGUCACGGGCGCGACGGGAUUCAUCGGCGCUCACGUCGUGGAUCUCUUGCUCGAACGUGGCUGCAAGGUCAGGGGAGCAGCCAGAAACAUGCAAAAGGCACGGCAGAUGCAGGACGCACGUCCGAAGUACGCCGACCAGCUUGACUUUGUCCAAGUCGCCGAUUUUACGGGGUCGUCUUCUUCAUUUGCGGACGCGGUCAAGGGGGGCAUCGACGGUAUCGUGCACCUCGCCAGUCCAUUGAGCUUCAAGCCCAGGGACAAUGAGAAGGACGUGGUUCUCCCUGCCAUCCAGGGCGUCAAGUCCGUGCUCCACGCGGCCGCCGGAGAACCAUCAGUCAAACGUAUCGUCAUCACUUCAUCGUUUGCCGCAGUCAUCGACAUCGACCGGAAAGAAUCGACAAGGUUCACCUACACGGGCAAGGACUGGAACCCUCAGUCUUACGAGGAAUCCAUCGACCCCAAAACCAGUCCCGUCCUUGCCUACCGAGGGUCCAAGAAGUUCGCAGAGCUGGAGGCUUGGAACUUUGUGAAUACCCAAAAGCCCCAUUUUGACAUCGUUACUCUAUGUCCACCCAUGGUGUUUGGUCCGAUGAGACAUCCGGUAGCGAACUUGUCGGAGCUCAACGAGACGAGCGACGCGCUGUGGCAGGUCGCGAGUGGCCAAGGGAUCCCAGAAGGGAUCACGUUCUGCAUCGACGUCCGGGACCUCGCCCUCGCUCAUGUCGAGGCGCUGCUCCGACCCGAAUGUAGAAACAAGAGGUACACCAUAGCGGCGCCGGAGAGGUACACGUACACGAUGGCCGCCGACAUCAUCGCGGAAGAGUUCGACUGGGGCAAGGAGCGGGUCGUAAAGUACGGCAAACCCCAGGAAUUCGACGAGACGUGUAACCUCGACGGCGAGGAAGCCGCGAGAGACUUGGGGAUCAAGUCGUAUAGGACGUUCCGCACUUCGGUCGUCGACUUUGUGAAGCAGGCUGUUGAGAUGGAGGAACGGGGCAUAUGA